AUGCCUACUCUGUGUGCAGUUUCUUCUGCUAGAGGGAAGAAAGGCGGGACACGGACAGCACGAGAAUCGCGACUACGUGGAAACCAUUUUCAGGGAAAAAAUUUGAAAAAACAAAAAUCGAUGCUGGCGAGCAUUGCGGAGGAAGAAGAGGAAGAUGAAGACCAUGGCAAGAACGUCCUAGGCGGUGUACGACUAGACUUGAAACAGUCACGACAUCGAACUGCAGCACGCCUAGAAGCGAAAAUGCAACAAAGGGCCUCAUCUUCGCCGAUAGAUGUUCUCACCGACGCAAAGUACGUUAGUGACCCAGGAAGUCUGCCACGCUUGUGCAUUGAGGCGACCCCCAUCCGAAACUCAAGCUGGACGCUUGUCUGGGCUAUUGUCAAGAUGCCACUCGAGCAGGUGGACAGAGUAGGACAUCAACAUGGACAACAAAACGAACAACGUACUUGUACUACUAGUACUAAAGGUAAACAAGCAGGAAUAUCGCUCUUCCCGCAUAAUUUUUCUCAGAUCGUGUAUCUGGAUGCCGUAGCACAGAGCUCUGCCUGUAUUUUUUCUUGUCGAAGAGAGAGACCUCCGAAUUUAAUAGAUAGGAAUUGUUACAUACAAUGUGGCUUCCGAGAAACACAUCUUCCUUGAAACUAAAAGGAAAAGAUGAUCCUUUUCACAAUGACAUGACAGGAUCCACC